AUGGUGAAAAAGGGUCGUGGAAGUUUCCCUGUCAAGAAAAUCAAUCGACCAUCGCCAGUGGCAAAUAUUGCCAAAAUUGGAUCAUUGAUGCGGUAUCCAGAUUGCGAGUAUGCAAAUUCUUUGCUUCAUGAUGCCGUGAAGGAAUUGGCACCACUUAUUCACGAGUACGGUUUCAAAGUAGGUUUGGUUUGUGAGAUGUUCCCUAAGAGUCCCAAUUUGUUAGGACUAAAUGUCAAUAAAGGGCAGAAAAUAAUGCUCAGAUUGAGGUAUCACCACAAUGACCGACUGUUUCUACCGAUGUGUGACAUUAUUGGCACUUUUCUUCAUGAGUUGACUCAUAAUGUCUAUGGACCACAUGAUAAGCAAUUUUAUGAUUAUUUAAAUAAGCUCGAACGACGGUAUGAAGAAUUGAAAUAUGGAAACAGUGUAUCACAGUAUAUAUGCGAGGAAAAUACUUUGGGCCGUGGAGCUCUAACCAAUGGUAUUGUUGAUGUGAGAGCUAAAAGAUUGGCUAUAAUGAAUAAGCCCAAGUUUCAAUCAGAAAGUCACAGACUCGGGUCGGAGGAUAAAGUCAAGAAACCUUCUAGAAACUUUACCAAUAUACGACAAGCCAUGCAUGAAGCUGCUCAGCGACGACUUCAAGAUUCAAAGAGUUGUUCUUCAGUAAAAAGGGACCAAGGUGAUGAACCUUUAGACCAAGAGCUUCAAAUAAUAGACCUCGAUGAAAACAAAAAUGGAGGUGAUGAGAGUAAAAGGAGUGAAGGGAUUAUGAGGAGUGAUGGGAUUGUGGGGAGUGAUGAAAGUAAUGAGAAUGAGGGCGAAAUAAGAGUUAUCGUCAAAGACACCGUACGCAAAGAGACGCUGAGCUCAUCUAUACUCCGACUAGAGAACCUGCUGGUAAAAAACGUUGAACCACUUGAUGGAGAACAUAGUUCAAGCGUCAUUGAUUUAACUAAAGAAAAUGACAAUGUACUUAUAUCAUCUGAAGAGAUAAUAGUGAUAGAUUAG